CGUGAAUUGGCUACUGCAACUAUGGCAUCGCAAGAACAGGUAUAUAUCGAAUACUUAAACUAUGACUGGGACUCGUUCGCCGAGUUCCAGAAUGGGUUAGAGGAGAUCUUGGACAACUACUUGCAAAAUCUUCAGGAGCUGGAUCCCUCCGUCACAGCCAUUCCGGCCUUGGACAAACAACAAUUAAUUGACCAGGCCAAGAGCUUCUUCUACUGUUCACACACGGGUAAUAUUCUCAACUUGGACGACUUCUUACAGUGGAAACAGCAAAACGGGGAUAAGUUUGUGAAGGACCAUCGGAUCAGUGAGAUGGCGGAGACAAUUCCAGAGAAUAUCGUUCAACAACAGCUCCCAAAUAUAACCACAAACUCAACCUCCCCAAACGCAACCACAACCACAACCUCCACCGAUGAACCACCGUACUCUUCUAAUUACCAGCACCUUGUGGAGCUCAUAAUGUCCGGAACACCCGUUCCCGGUAUCAAGGAGAUUCCCGAUACCAUUUUGCCAGAAAAGAGCUCUACUCCGUCUGCGGCCCAACGAGUUAAACCAUGGGAAAAAGGUAUAUGAAUAUUUCUAUAUAAGUCUAUCAGGACUAGGAUUAUCAGUGCAAGAACCUCAUGACGGCCUCGAAUGCCGCCAAGGCUGCUGCGUUUGCCGGGAAGGAACGAAUAAUCGAGGGACCAAACCCUCUGGUGAAACCUCUCCAGCCGUUUUCCUGAUAAAUGUACUUAGCAGCAUCUAUCCAACGAGGGAACUUCUUCUGUGACCGGAUAGGACUAUCGGUCAUAAUGGUCUGUUUGACCACAUCAGAAGGGUAGGCAAAAAUCCAAAAGACCGUUGCUGAUAAUCCUCCGGACCAGAAGUUAAUUGACGGUUUCGACAUUUGGGUAUUCUGUUCAAAAUACUGAGUGAAAAGCUCGUAUGAUCCCCACCAGAAAAUGAAGUUGGUUCGAAAGAUCAUGGUCGAAAGCAACCCACUAUAGAGUCCUCUGAUUCCACUAGUCUUGAAUAAUUUACGUACGACGUCCACCGGUCCAUUGUAGAUUUUGGUUUUAGCAUCGUACUGAACUUGGAGCCGGGCCUUGAACUGCUCAAUUGGUGCCGCCACAAACGAAACGGUCCAGCCGCUACCAAGUCCGGCGAUGAUAUGUCCCAUUAGGGGUAAUUUCUCUUCCUUUGGGUAGAGGUACUCUUUGCAGUAUCUUCUAUAAAUAUGAAGAGAUCCCAACAUCACCGAAUCCAUGAGAACCCAGCCCACCAACGGAGGCGUAAAACCCUUGUAGAACCCCGUGAUACCUUCUUUUCUAAGAGUCUGCAAUGCACAGUCGAUUGGGCCCUUAAACUGUCCUUUGGGAGCUGUUUGCAAUCGAACUUUGAUGGUGUCAAAUGGAUGUCCCACAGCGUUUUUGGUAACACCUGAGAAUGUUCCCGCCACAAACCCCAAGUACUUGGGUGGGGGUGUUUGUUGGUGUAUCUUAGCGGCCGCCACCUCUUCGAGGUACUUGUCCUCUCCGUCUGUCACUGCUACUGACAUGCUUCUUGAAUCGAGGAAAAUGAAAAA